AUGGGCACAGUAUCUCCGACAUCGGAACUUACGGCAUCUAAGCCUGGACGGCACGACCGAUUAUCUGAGUUGAUCCACGCGCUCUCCUCUGGCUGUCUCUCGCACUUAGAAUCACUUCUGAUACGAGUUUUCGAUGGACUCACCCUUAUCAAACCUUGGUUGGUUUUGAUUUUGGAUAGAUUCCUACAGGAAUUCAUCAAGCUGCAAGCCUGCACGUUAUGUGAUAUCCCCAAGGAGGUCCUGCACUCUGUGGUUCGCCAUCAAGGGGAUCACCUGCGUCAACUUCGCUUUUCAACAAGUCACAUGGAGACUUUCAGACGUCUCGGCCGUGCUGAAAUGGAUGGCUUAUUCUCACCCGAAGAGAUAGAAGCUUUAUCCGCCGAGCUCCCAUUAAUCGAAAGACUAGGGAUUGAUCUUAUGAUGGGGGAGAAGAUGCGCGUCUAUCGGGCCUCAAAAUACUUGGAGUUAAACGUACCUGCACAUUCUACCCUACGCCCCGUUAGGGACUGGACGACCUGGCUCAACGCAUCUGUAGCAGAGGAGGCGUUUCGGUAUGUUGACACGAUGAAGCAAGAGGUCCCAUUGAAACAGCUUGAUAUCCAGCGAGCGCAAAUUAAGCCGACCCUCAAUUUCUACCCCACGGUGAUGCCACUAGACUUCUGGUGUAUCUAUUCAUGCUGGCGGGAGACUGGGGCAUCGAAUCAAGUGCAUGUAGUUCGCCUGCCGUCCAAGGUAGGAGGUCUUGCUCCCCUGACUGUACAAGAUUUGUAUGAGCAAACCCUGGACUCGGCAGGGCUGGGGGAUUCGGAGAUGGCAGGCUUUGACCCGGGGAUUUAUUGA